UUGCAGAUCUGGCUCAAGCCCAUAAAGGAUGGCAGCUCCAAGUCGACAUAGCAGAGUAAUAUCUUGGGAUUUGGCUUACUUAAGCAUUAAGUCAGUAUUAAAGUCGCACGUAAUUAUAAACGAGCCUAUUUUUGUUCACUUCCUUGGUACGGUGAAGUUGACUGUUUGAAAUACACUAGUAGGAAUCCUAAAUAAACGGCCCUUAUAGCACUUUCAUGGGACCUUCUCUAUAAUAGAAGACUCGUGAUUUCUCUCCAAAACAAAUAUCUGAUCCAAGAUUUUCAGUUUUACUCCUUUUUUAAACCACCAAUAAUCACCUUCAAAAUUCACUUCAUUCCAAAGAUUUUCGAUUUUCUUGAUAACAUAUGUCCAGUUUAUGAUCGAAAUUCACAUAUAGGUCAGUGUUUUUAUGCUCUAAAUUUGACUAUUUCAAGAAAUGAUGGUUUCUUGUGUGGCCUCUCCACUGUGUACAUGGCUAGUAGCAGCUUGCAUGUCUGUAUCAAGCGACAAAGACCAAUUUUUGAAAACUUUUCAGUCUUCAAAGUUGCUUGGUAGGUCUGCUAGGAGAAGAAAAUCAAUUAGCAAGGCUAUAAAUGAUUCUGGAAUGCACAAUUUCAUGACUUGUUACUUUGGUUUUGAGCCGUGUGAGGAGUAUUAUAAUUCCAAGGGAUUAUCUUCUUUCUUUGCCGAAAAUGCUUUUUCUGUUUUUGGGUUAAAGGAGGUGCCAUUGAAUCGAAGGCAAAGGAGGAUGCGUACUGCUGCCAAUUCUGACAAAACCAUGGCUGUGGCUGUGCAACCUGCAAAGGAAGCCACGUCAAAGAAGAAACCCCUGAAGAACAGGAGAGUUGUUGUGACUGGGGUCGGUGUAGUAUCACCAAUUGGUCAUGAUCCAGACAUGUUUUACAGUAAUCUUCUUGAAGGCAAAAGUGGCAUAAGUCAGAUUGAGGCAUUCGACUGUUCUGAAUUUCCCAGUAGAAUUGCUGGGGAAAUCAAGGAAUUUUCGACUGAUGGGUGGGUUGCACCCAAACUUUCGAAAAGAGCAGAUAAGUUCAUGCUGUAUAUGCUUACUGCUGGAAAGAAAGCUUUGGCAGAUGCUGGGGUCACAGAAGAUAUAUUGCAGGACUUGGAUAAGGCUAGAUGUGGAGUCCUAAUUGGCUCUGCCCUUGGGGGAAUGAAGGUCUUCCAUGAUGGCAUUGAGGCUUUACAGGUUUCGUACAGAAAGAUGAAUCCUUUCUGUGUACCUUUUGCAACAACCAAUAUGGGAGCCGCUAUGCUUGCAAUAGAUUUGGGUUGGAUGGGUCCAAGCUACUCAAUCUCCACUGCAUGUGCAACAAGCAACUUCUGUAUAUUAAGUGCUGCAAAUCAUAUAAUUAGAGGUGAAGCAGAUAUGAUGCUUUGUGGGGGCUCAGACUCGGCAAUUAUUCCUAUAGGUUUGGGAGGUUUCACUGCUUGUGGAGCCCUGUCGCAGAGGAAUAGUGAUCCAACAAGGGCUUCACGACCUUGGGAUGUGGACAGUGAUGGAUUUGUGAUUGGGGAAGGAUCGGGUGUCCUACUCUUAGAAGAACUAGAACAUGCAAAGAAGAGAAAGGCUAAAAUAUAUGCCGAGCUUUUGGGUGGAAGCUUCACUAGUGAUGCUUAUCACAUGAUAGAGCCACAUCCAGAAGGAAGUGGAGUUGUUCUCUGCAUAGAAAAAGCCUUGGCUCAAUCUGGGGUGAAGCGUGAAGAUGUCAACUAUAUAAAUGCUCAUGCUGCAUCAACCCCAGCUGCUGACCUGAAAGAAUACCAGGCCAUUCUUCAUUGUUUUGGAAAGAACGCUGAACUUAAAAUAAAUUCAACGAAGUCCAUGAUUGGUCAUCUCCUUGGGGCUGCUGGUGCAGUGGAAGCCAUUGCUACAGUUAAGGCCAUACAGACAGGAUGGAUCCAUCCAAACAUCAAUCUUGAGAACCCUGACAAAGGCUUGGAUAUGGAUGUGCUGGUGGGCUCUAAGAAGGAGCGCUUGGAUAUCAAAGUUGCGCUCUCUAACUCAUUUGGUUUUGGAGGACACAACUCGUCUAUUCUAUUUGCGCCUUAUAAGAAUGUCUAGUGCUUGCAAAUAUUAUGCUUAAAGCAUGUAACGUUGUGUUGAUUUUCAUCAAGUAGCCCCUGAAAGAUUUCUGCAUGUCAACGAAAGCCAGAAAACUAACUUUUCAUCUUCACAAGUCAUCAGAAAGAAAAGCAGGCACUGGAUGUUCUGUGAUAAAUUUCAGAAGUUUAAGCAGUCUGGUAAAUGUUCAAGUAAUUUUGACGAUUGGUCCUAACUCCUAAGCUAAUAAGACUGUUAAAUAAAUUCAUUGCAAUAAGUUUUACGACAUUUUGAACUGUCACACAGUUAAUUAUCACACACAAGCAAAAUGUACUAUUUUGAAGGUUCAGGAUGAGGUUUAAACUACUGAUAUAAGAACGGAGAUUAAAGACCUUUUUCAAAACAGAAUGGUAAAAGAGGAAGAAACGGAGAUCAUGAGUGUGUUCAGCUGUCUGAUUGAAGUCAUUUUCCUUAUUACCCCAUGGAAAAUAUUUUGUCAAAAACUGACCUUUUUUUCGUACCAUAUACACCCCUAAGGCUUCAUUUGGAGGAUUUGUUUUACGAUUGGUUAAGAUGUGGAAAUAUAAUAAGAUGGUGCUUGCUAUUUAACGUUGUCAAGGAGUAUCUUACCAUAACAAGCUGUACGUAAACUAAACUUCUAGAAUUGACGAACGAGGAAACUGUACACCCAUCCUUUUGCCAUGCUGUGCUAAAUUGGAUUAUUGUUUUUAGUAGAUUUACAGCCCCAGAUAGAAUAUACAUCUAGCUAGUAAUAGAGAUGAAGCUUCAAAAUAUUCAAUUAUCGGAAGCGUGCAACAAAGACGUGAAGUAGUACAGUGAGGUAUUUCGAUAUUCAGUUCAUCUUUAUAGCUGUUCUUACGUAUGAACUUCAGCAGCCAAAACACAAAGGCUGCCCAUAACUCAUCUCAUCUGCUUGGACUUUAAGAAAACAUAAAGUAUAAAGAAGGAAGCUAUUUGCUCACUUUUUUUUUUAUUUCUCCAAAUGAAAUUGUAAUAUCUAGGAAUGGAAACUACUUAUAUACGCUUGUAAAGAAGGACCCACCGAGCCCGGAUUACUCUAAAAGUAACAAUUACUGAAUGGUCGAGAUACUCCAAAAAGUCGAGAUAUGUACUGGAAGAAAAAAAAAUUGUUCAAGCAGUGGCGGAGCCACAUGCGUUCAAAUGUUGACACCUUACACUAUGUAAAUACGUAAAAAGAACUUUUUUAUGUAUAUAUACUAUAUAUUGAACUCCCUUAGUUUCGUCA